AUCAUCAACCCCUCCAAAUAAAGCUCCACCACCAUAAUAAAACGAAUUUUCUCUCUCCUCUCCCUUGCUGAAACAGCCAUGACAACUGUUACUGCUCUCUCUCUUCCCAUCUCUCUUUGCAAGCCUUCCAAAUUCACUUGCAAUCCCAGAAAGGGUGUUAGAGGACGAUUAAGAGUGUUUGCAAUAUUCGGCGAGGAAGGAGGAUUAGAGAAGAAGAGCACAAGCACUUGGGGUCCUCUGUUUGAUGUGGAGGAUCCUAGGCCUAGAGUGCCACAGUCAAAGGGCAAGUUCUUGGAUGUGAAUCAAGCUCUCGAGGUUGCUAGAUUUGAUAUUCAGUAUCUUGAUUGGAGGGCUCGGCAGGAUCUACUAACGAUUAUGCUUCUACAUGAUAAGGUGGUCGAGGUCCUCAAUCCAUUAGCACGCGAAUACAAGUCGAUUGGCACCAUGAAGAAAGAGCUUGCAGAGUUGCAAGAAGAACUAGAACGAGCUCACAGACAGGUGCACAUAUCUGAAGCAAGGGUUUCUACGGCAUUGGACAAACUAGCGUACAUGGAAGCGUUGGUGAAUGACAGACUAUUACAGGAUCCAAACACAACUGAAUCUGACCAGACGUUACUUUCUCCAAGCACAUCCUUAUCAUCUACAGAUAACGUAAAAACCAAGCCGGCACGAAAAAGCCUAAAUGUGUCCGGUCCUGUCCAGCCAUACCAUCCCAAUUUGAAGAAUUUCUGGUACCCAGUUGCAUUCUCUAAUGACCUGAAGGAUGACACUAUGAUUCCUAUAGAUUGCUUCGAGGAGUCGUGGGUUGUAUUUCGUGGGAAAGAUGGAAGACCGGGAUGUGUACAGAAUACUUGUGCUCAUCGAGCGUGCCCUCUUGACCUUGGUUCAGUAAAUGAGGGUCGAAUACAAUGCCCCUACCAUGGUUGGGAAUACUCAACCGACGGAAAAUGUGAGAAGAUGCCAUCAACUCGAUUGCUCAACGUGAGAAUAAGGUCAUUGCCGUGCUUCGAGCAAGAAGGAAUGAUCUGGAUCUGGCCCGGGGAUGCACCUCCCAUGGCCACCCUCCCUUCUUUGCAACCUCCUUCGGGGUUCAAAAUCCAUGCAGAGAUUGUGAUGGAACUGCCUGUGGAGCACGGGCUUCUUCUCGAUAACCUUCUUGAUCUCGCCCAUGCCCCUUUCACUCACACCUCUACCUUCGCAAAGGGAUGGAGUGUACCGAACUUGGUGAAAUUCCUGACGCCCACAUCCGGCCUUGAAGGAUAUUGGGACCCUUACCCGAUAGACAUGGAGUUCCGUCCACCUUGUAUUGUGCUUUCAACAAUCGGCAUCUCAAAGCCUGGAAAAUUGGAGGGGCAAACCACCAGGCAAUGUUCAACACAUCUGCACCAACUCCAUGUUUGCCUCCCUUCAUCUAGAAACAAGACAAGGUUACUGUACAGAAUGUCUCUGGAUUUCGCUCCCUUGUUGAAGCAUAUCCCGUUCAUGCACAUCCUCUGGAGGUACUUUGCAGAGAAGGUCCUAAAUGAGGAUCUACGUUUGGUGGUCGGCCAACAGGAACGGAUGAUCAAUGGGGCUAAUGUUUGGAACUGGCCCGUUUCAUAUGAUAAGCUGGGUGUAAGGUAUAGAUUAUGGAGAGACGCAGUUGAGCAAGGUGUAAAGCAAAUACCUUUCAACAAAUCCAAGUAGGCAUUUUAUCCACAAUUCCUUCAACACUUCAACAUCUUUGUUGCGAGCCAACUGGAUAUCAGUGCAGACAUCCCUUGAGACCUAUUCAAUCAGGCCCUACAAAAAAAAAUCCGGCAACUGUGAGCCGUGGAUCAGAAGCGGGGAAAAAGAUGGUCUCUAUGUCCUUGUAAAAUAAGCUGUACACUAGUCAAAUACCAAGGCAUGCAUGCAUGCAAUGGCUUGUAUAUCUUGCUAGUUUUUGUGUACAGUGCUGAUCUGAUUUUUUUCUCCCUUUUUGGUCCGAUUUUUUUUGCCCUUCCCUCAUAAGAGAGUAGCUGUCCUUGUAUGAUCAUCCAGGAAUUAUUUCAAGCACUGGAAUAGAUUGUGAAGAUUGGUUUUUUGGGUCUUUCCCAGUA